GCAAUCGGAAAUCCGCUGAACGAAGAAUUCCAGUUGAAAGCCUGGGAUGCAGUCCUACCACUCGUUAAUAAACUCAAACAUUUCUACCAGUUUUCCCUCAAAUUAGAGGAUUGUGUGCCCAAACUGUUGGCCGCCCUCUGCUCGGGUUCGAUGAGCCCGAGGCAGCACUUGGAGACACAGCAGGCGCUGGUGAAGCAGUUCGCAGAGAUACUCGACUUUGUGCUCAAGUUUGACGACAUGAAGAUGACUAACCCGUCGAUACAAAACGACUUCAGUUACUAUCGGCGGACAGUGAGUCGCCUCCGGAUCGCCAAUCACGACAAUCCCGUCUUCGCCGACAACAACGUCAACAUAUCCAACGAAGUGGCGAAUCGGAUGUCACUCUUUUACGCACAGCCGACGCCUAUGUUGAAGGUGUUGUCCGACUCGACCUCACAUUUCGUGAUCAACAACAAGGAGUUGCCGAUAGAGAACACCACCGAAACGCUCGGAACUAUGGCUAAAGUCUGCCAACGAAUGAUUGAGAAU